GGCCUGGCCUGUGAUGGAUGAUAAGCACUGCUAGGCUAUCCUGGCCUAUCAGGCCUACUUGGCGCGUCUCUCUCUGUCUAGCGGCCGAGUUUAACAGUUAAACCCUAGCUCACCGUCGUGCUCGCCUCCCCGCGCCUGCUCCGGUGCUCCCUUCAGGCACUGACAGUUCGCCGCCGCGGCGGCGCUUUCGAGCCCACGCGGAAGCGCACCUAGUGCCAUGGCGAAGAAGCGGAAGCACACCGACGCCCAGGCAGAGACGGCCGGCGCAGAGAAGCCAGACGACUCCGCACCGGCGCGCCCGGAGCGCACGCUCUUCGGCUUCAAGGAUCCGGCCCCCGACGCCGUGCCUGACUCCGCGGCCUCCAGGGCCGCGGUGGCGCCGUUUAGGAACAGGGAGAAGGUACUCAUCACCUGCUCCCGCCGCAUCACGUACAGGUAUCGUCAUCUGAUGCAGGACGUGUUGUCGAUGCUCCCGCACGCGAAGAAGGACAGCAAGGUCGAGUCGAAGCAGAGCAAGGGGAACGCUCUCAACGAGAUGCUCGAGCUCAGGAGCUGCUCCAGUUGUCUCUUCUUCGAGUGCCGAAAACAGAAGGAUCUUUACCUUUGGAUGGUGAAGUCUCCUGGAGGACCAUCAGUGAAAUUUCUAGUUAAUGCUGUUCACACCAUGGAGGAGUUGAAGCUUACGGGUAACCAUCUGAAAGGGUCACGGCCACUUCUUACAUUUUCUACAAAUUUUGAUGAGCAACCUCAUUGGAAGCUUGUGAAGGAAAUUAUAACUCAUAUAUUUGCUACUCCUAAAGAUCACCGUAAAGCAAAACCUUUCCAUGACCAUGUAUUUGUCUUCUCCAUUGUGGAUGGCCAUGUUUGGUUUCGAAACUACCAGAUUUCUGUUCCCCACAAUGAGAUUGAUAAAGUUGAUAAAGGUGGUAUGGAUAAAAUGACACUUAUUGAGGUUGGCCCCAGGUUCUGUUUGAAUCCAAUCAAAAUAUUUGGUGGUAGUUUUGGUGGUCCUACAUGAUCCGUGCACUAGAGAAGAGGCAGAAGGCAGGCAAAUAUGCCAAGAAGGUGAAGGCCAAGGUGAGGAGGAAGAUGCACGAGAUGGAGAACACGCUGGAGCCUGAUGAGUUUGCUGAGCUCUGGAAAGGGGAGUAGGCUUUGAUCGACCCUGUCAAUGUCGUGAAGCACCCGCAACUCCUGUCAGCAAGCGCAGAUUUUGUUUACCUGUGUGGCAGUGUCUAUGUUGUGGAAGUUUUGUAUGACAAGGCCUACGUUUAUUUUACAUAAAAUCGGAUUUUAGUGAUAACUUAUGCCCAUAUGACAUUCUCUCUUGUUUGCUUCUAGUGGAUGUAGUGCCAAGUGUUAUAUCACUUAUGUGAUUGGUAGCUGAGAAUCAUGGGGAAGCGCGAUCACAGUUCAAACCUCAAGAUAUCAAUGUGAUAGCCAUAGCCGUGUUCCAUAUGUAUACUAUGUACUUCAUUUCAGCAAUGGUUUUGUAAGGAAAAUAGAUCGAGCUUCAUUUAAAGUAAAGUUUUAGUGUUUGAUGAGCA